AUGGGUACCGCUAUAACGGUUAGAUUGCAGGUGCUGUGCUCAGAAGAGAGUCCGCGUCAACACCGAGUUUUGCGUGCCUGGGGUCGCAUAGGCAUGCGAAUCGGUGGCUUGAAUGUGGGACGCCUCGUCAGUUUGCACGCCGCCACACAACGCUUCCACGACCUCUUUCUCAAGAGGAUUGCUAACUCCUGGGGUGCAGGGCGUGCCAAUUUUGUCAAAUUGCAACGUCGUAUUUUCCUCUCAAACUGGAAUAAAUUGACCCCAAGAGUUAUUUGUAGGGAUUUCUAUGACCAUCCUAUCUCGUUGUACGGAACGAUGAGACCUGAGCUGAGAACUCGACGUUGGGAACUCAUUCAUUUCCUUUUCGACAUCGCCCUAAUGACUGAUGCCCUGCUGGAGUUUGGGGUCGGUCUUGACUCUUAA